CUCACAGCUUCAUCAAAGACACACUGAACAUAUGGAAACAGAAGUUGAAGUAGAGGACUGGGGAGGACCAGAACCAGAUACACAUCUACAACUUGAGUCUGAUGACAAGACUGGAAAGUCUUCUGAACCUGAGACUGAUGACAGCGAUGAUUGGAAAGAGACCAGAGAACCUCAGUCAGGUUUAAACUCUCUUAAAACUGAUCAAGUCCCUGUCAGUGACUUGAUUGGUGGUAAAAAACCAUUUAGCUGCUCUGAGUGUGGGAAAAGAUUUGGUCAAACUGGAUAUCUGAAGGAACACAUGAAGACUCAUACAGGAGAGAAACCAUUUAGCUGCUCCGAGUGUGAAAAAGCAUUUAGAUGCAAGUCAGCUCUGAAGGAACACAUGAACACCCACACAGGAGAAAAACCAUACAGUUGCACUGACUGUGGGAAAAGAUUUGGUUACAGGGGAGCAAUGAGGAUGCACAUGACAUUGCAUACAGGAAUAAAACCAGUGAGCUGCUCUGAGUGUGGGAAAGGAUUUGACAACAAAGGAAAAUUGAAGAUACACAUGAGAAGCCAUACAGGAGAGAAACCUUUCAGCUGUUCAGUUUGUAGAAAAUCAUUUAUGUGCAGUGGACGUUUACGCAUUCACAUGAAAUUGCAUUCUGGAGAAAGCUUCAGCUGUUCAGUUUGUCAGAAAUCUUUUAUACUGAAAGGGAACUUGAAAGCACACAUGAAAACUCACACUGGAGAGAAACCUUACAGGUGCACUGUUUGUAUGAAAUCUUUUCUACAGAAAGGGACCUUGGAGGAACACAUAAGAACUCACACUGGAGAGAAACGUUUUUGCUGCAGUGUUUGUAUGAAAUCCUUUACACAGAGUGGGAACUUGAAAGCACACAUGAGAACUCACACUGGAGAGAAACCUUUUCGCUGCAGUGUUUGUAUGAAAUCUUUUACACAGGGUGGAAUUUUAAAGACACAUAUGAAAACCCACACAGGAUAGAAUAGAAUUUUCAGAUAGAAAAUGACUUUUCAACUCCUCCCACAAAGACUUUAAAUUGUUCCAAACUACAGUGGAUUGAGAUCUACUUGAUACUUUUAUACUCAUGUUAUAGUUUAGUGUCCUGUGCUGCCACCCUUUAAACCGCUGUAGCUCCAGUGCUGUGUGCAAAAACAUUCAUGUACGGCCCUGCUGUUUAUUUUACAUAUUUUUCAUUUACAUGUUGUGCAGCUGUAUAUGUCAAAGCAGGUUUUAAAAAAAAUUCCCUGUCUCUGCCUUUUAUUUUGAUCACAGUCUGUUUUUUUAAAACUGCUUGUGGCAUCUCAAAUGUGGCUUUGACUUGCAGCUGGAAACAUG